AUGGUGCACCUUGACACUCCUGGCCCGGAUACUGGCAUCUUUACGACGGAAGAAGUGCGACCACGAUCGAAGCCUUGCAAGUCGACAUCACGGAUUAUCUCUCUACCACGCAACCAUUACAAGGAGCCACCGAAUCUGGCAGCAGGAUUUCGAUCUCUCGACUUGUCCUGUGAAGCACCAGUCAGAGCGAAUCUGGUCGCCGACAAGAUCACUACAGACUCGUUUCGUGUAACGCUGGAGACCUGGGGUGAGAAAUCGCUGCUCUACUCAGCAAGCGCGACAUGGAUCGAGCACAAAGCCUACGCCAAAGACUGCUUGUUCGGCCAGUUCGACACACACGAUUUACCAGAGAAUCGCGGUGCAAGCAAGAGGGGGGCACAACAAGAGAACUCGCGGGAGUUCGUUUUCCCUCAACCCUUCAAAGACGAUUGUGAGGUCAUCUGUUGGUUAAAUCGAAUCGAUAUGGCAUCUGGAGAUAGAAAUUACCGCAUCAGGGCCUAUGCGACCAACGUCAAUCGCAAAGGCUUUACGGCACAUAUCGAUACCUGGGGCGACAGUUUACUGUAUGGAGGAGCCAUGUGCUGGAUCGCUUUUCCAAAACGCAAGCGCUAUGUUCAAGCAGGUAGCUUCCAGACAGGAGACGUCAGAAGCUGGAGCAAUCCAAUACCCGAAACAAGUUCGCAGGUCAAGUUCGAGGAGGGCGUAUUCAAAAAUCACAGGCCUGCUCCUACAGUCUUGUGUGCCUUGAAUUUCAUUGACAUGGCGGGCAACGCGGAUCUACGAGUUUCUGUUGACGUCAACGAUAUUCACGCACAAGGCUUCCGUUGGUCGUUGAAGACGUUCGAAGACAGUACAUUGUACGCUGCUGGUGCGAGCUGGAUAGCUCUUGGUUUCGCAUGA